AUGACUGCUGUGGCUCCUUUGGAGAUUCGGAUUUUCUCCGAUCUGGUGAACAAGGCAAGAGUUGUUGAAGAAUAUGCAAAGACGGUAGCCUCGUCAAAGGACACUCAUGAAGGAAACACUAGUAGGGGACGUGGCAAGUACUUUCAGCUGAAGGGGCAGAAUUUCAAGAGAGGAGGACAUACGCCUCAAGGUCAAGGAAGCUUCAGAAAGAACACUCAUGAUCAGUUUCAGUGUGACAAAGGGAGAGGAAAUCAGAGUAAGGUUUCUCCGAAUUUAGCUUGUGAUCGUUGUGGACGUUUUCAUCCAUAUGACUCUUGCAAGAUUGGGUCAGGCGGUUGCUUUAACUGUGGUUUGCCUAGUCAUAUUGUGAGAGAUUGCACUCGUGGAAAGAACCUGAAUGCGGUUGCAUUGUAUGAUACUAGAGCUUCGCAUUCGUUUAUUUCAUUUGACAAAGUUGAGGAACUAGGCUUCAAAGUGUCAGAAUUAGCAUUUGAAUUGCAUGUACAUACUCCGUAUCAGACGGUUAUGACUAGGACAGGUUGUAGACAAAUAAUUUUGGGGUUUGAUUGGUUGUCGAAGAAUCGGGUUUUGUUGGAUUGCUUUGAGCUAUCAAUCCUGUUUAUGUCGAAAGGAGAAAAUGGAGCAGUGAUAGCUGAGGGUUACUACCUGAACUCUGUAAUAGUGCACUGUAGUGGGGAAGAAUGUCAGGAGAUUGAAUUUGCAAUUAAGUUGCUGCUGGGAGCCGGACUAGUAUCGAUUGCGCCGUAUAGAAUGACUCUUAUAGAGCUGGAUGAACUAAAGACUCAAUUGGAAAAGUGGUGGACGAAAUUGUGA